CACCGCAGCUGCAGCCGCAGGCGCCGUGCACCCUUUUCUAGCCAGCUGCGGCUGUGCUCGCAAGAGGGUCCGACCAUGGACGGGCUCCGGGUUAGCGCAGGGCUGAGGCGCGGGCGGUUAAGGCGCCGGCGGCAGCCGCAGCCGCACAGUGGGUCGGUCCUGGCCCUGCCCUUGAGGCCCAGGAAGAUCCGAAGGCAGCUGAGGAGAAGUGUUGCGUCCCGCAUGGCCGCGCUGAGGGCCCAGAAGCUGCCGAGUGAGGACUCGGAGGACUCGAGGUUGGAGUCGACCAUCGACGAUCCCGGGGACCCGCUGCCCGGUGGGACGGCGGCCAUCCUGGAUGCGUCCCGGCGAGAGCCGUACGGCCACCUGGGGCCUGCAGAGCUGCUGGAGGCCUCACCCGCGGCCCGCUCCCUGCAGACCCCACGCGCCCUGGUGGAAGCGCAGACCCCGCCGGCGCGCCUGGUGGAGGCACAGACCCCGCCGGCGCGCCUGGUGGAGGUGUCCGCGGUGCCGGCCCGCGUGAUGGAGACCUCGGCCCUGCUGUGCUCUGCCCAACAUUUGGCGGCUGCCCCACCGUCCGUGGCCCCUGCGGCGCUGUCGGGGCCUCAAGGGGAUAGCACGGGAGGGGAGGUGCCAUGGGACUCCCCGCUGCAGCGCGUUUUGGCAGAGCUGAACCGCAUCCCUAGCAGCCGGCGGCGGGCGGCACGCCUGUUCGAGUGGCUCAUCGCGCCCAUGCCUCCUGACCACUUCUACCGCCGCCUGUGGGAGCGGGAGGCGGUCCUGGUGCGGCGGCAGGACCACACCUACUACCUGGGUCUUUUCUCAACCGCCGAUCUAGACUCCGUGCUUCGAAACGAGGAGGUGCAAUUUGGGCAGCACUUGGACGCAGCUCGCUACAUCAACGGACGGCGCGAGACCCUGAAUCCCCCGGGCCGCGCCCUGCCCGCCGCCGCGUGGUCCCUGUACCAGGCUGGCUGCUCCCUGCGCCUCCUCUGUCCGCAGGCUUUCUCAACCACCGUGUGGCAGUUUUUGGCUGUGCUCCAGGAGCAGUUUGGAAGCAUGGCAGGCUCCAACGUUUAUCUCACGCCUCCCAACUCGCAGGGCUUUGCCCCCCACUACGACGACAUCGAGGCUUUUGUGCUACAGCUGGAAGGUAGGAAACUCUGGCGUGUCUACCGACCCCGGGUCCCGACUGAGGAACUGGCCCUGACAUCCAGUCCCAACUUCAGCCAGGAUGACCUUGGUGAGCCGGUGCUGCAGACCGUUCUGGAACCUGGAGAUUUGCUCUAUUUUCCUCGGGGCUUCGUUCACCAAGCCGAAUGCCAGGAUGGAGUGCACUCCCUGCACCUCACCUUGUCCACGUACCAGCGCAAUACCUGGGGCGACUUCAUGGAAGCCGUACUGCCCCUGGCAGUGCAGGCUGCAAUGGAAGAAAAUGUGGAGUUUCGAAGGGGUCUGCCCCGAGACUUCAUGGAUUACAUGGGGGCCCAGCAUUCGGAUUCUAAGGAUCCGCGAAGAACUGCUUUCAUGGAGAAGGUGCGGGUUUUGGUUGCCCGCUUGGGACACUUUGCCCCUGUCGAUGCUGUGGCUGACCAGCGAGCCAAAGACUUCAUCCACGAUUCUCUGCCCCCUGUGUUGACUGAUAGGGAAAGGGCACUGAGUGUUUAUGGACUCCCAAUUCGCUGGGAGGCCGGAGAACCUGUAAACGUGGGGGCCCAGCUGACAACAGAAACAGAAGUGCACAUGCUUCAGGAUGGUAUAGCUCGACUGGUGGGUGAGGGAGACCAUUUGCUUCUCUACUAUACAGUGGAAAAUUCCCGUGUUUAUCAUCUAGAAGAGCCCAAGUGCUUGGAGAUAUACCCUCAGCAAGCUGAUGCCAUGGAACUCUUGCUCCGCUCCUACCCAGAGUUUGUAAGAGUAGGGGACUUGCCCUGUGACAGUGUAGAGGACCAGCUUUCCUUGGCAACCAUGUUAUAUGAUAAAGGGCUGUUGCUUACCAAGAUGCCUCUAACCUGAGCUCUGGUUUCUUAUGAUUGCUGGAAAUGGGACAGUAGUGAUUCUCUUACCACCACCUUUUUUGGGUGUUCUUACCUUGAUAACCAUCAGUGUGCUCACAUUUACCUUUAUGUCUGCUUCAGUGUCACAAAUCUCAGAUGAUCUUCUAGGAAGCACCACCUCAUCUAGGCACAAAGUACAAGCAGAAGCUGAAGGUGGAAAAAACUAUUUCUGCAGAAGUAACUUUGAUCCCUGAUUAUUACAGAGCACCAGCUGCUUCAUCAUCUUUAGGCUUUAGUGUCCCAUGUAGCACUUGCUGUAUCAUUCUGCUUGAGACAUUAGAGUUUUUAUUUGGAAUUUACAUUCUUCAUUGGAGUUCUUUUUUAUCAAUUUGGGGGUUGGGGAGUGCUGGGGUCAGUAUUCUGUUUGCUACUGUAUGAAUGUUAGGAAAGUUAUUAAAGUGCCAAGGAAUGUUUCCCUUUUCUAAGGCUAGAUUAUUAUGUGAAAUGGUUUGAAGGAAUGUGGGAGCUGGGAGGAAGAUAGGGAAAAUCUAUAAUAGCAGUGAGUGGUAAUUUGGGGUGGUUGUAGGCUUGAGGCAGUCUGUUUCUCUUGGGGUAAUUCAUUUUAAUCAUGCUUCUUGAACCCCAAACAGCACAAUCCUAUUAGAAAAAUUAUGAGUAUAUUAUGUCUUAAAAAGUAUGGUAUUUUUUUGCUCAGUGCUUUUGCUUGCAUCAGUGGGUGCCACAGCUCUCAAAGGGGCAGCAUGUCACCUAGUUGUGCUAUCAUAGGCCUCAGUCAACCAACUUGUAGCAAGAUGGCCAUGAGGGAAGGCUGCUGUUCAAGUUACUCUCCACUCUCAUUUUUUUCUGGCAGUUGGGGAAGAAUCUUCCCCAAAUGUGGCAAGUGAAUGUUCUCAUGGUUGGUGGAAAAGAGCCUGGUGUACCAGAGAGAGUACUGGACUUGGAACCACAGGACCUGGGUUUGGGGUGGUGGCUGGUAGGAAGCUGGCUGAAUGACCUGAGGCUGCUGCUACACCUGGACACACAGAUUUUGUAAGUAUGUUUUGGUACAGCUUAAUGUCUGCACCUCAUCAUUCAGGCUUAUCUGGAACGUUAAGUUCCUAUCACCAUAAGCGAUAGAUUCAGUUAUAUAAAGUUGAGAGCUUUAUAAAACCUUUUUUUAAGUUGCAAAAGCAUAGAUGUACAUAAAGUAAAAGUAAUAGCUCUUUCUCCAACAUCACUUUCCAGAGGCAACAUCUAUUAAACAAGGCUUUUUUGGGGUGCUUAACCACAGUAGUUUUUUGUUUUGUUUUAUACUCACAUUUUUCUAAUGUGUCCUUUUUUGACCUAACUUUGAAAUCAGUUCAAACAGAGCUACCUCACUCUUUUUUUUCUUAAAGGGACAAAACAGUAAAUAAAUAAAAGCCUGGGAGUCAGGGGAAAAAAAUAACAGGACCGAGAGGAUGGUGGCCAUAAGGAAGGGAAGUAGCCUUUCCUAACUCUCAUCCUACAGGGCUUUGUAACUAACUCCCAAAACAUCCAGAUCCUGGAAGAGGCUUGUUAAAGGAGUCAAGGCAUAGGAAACCUACCCUGAAAAGUUUCUUGGAGAAAAGUAUGGAGUUUCAAUGGUUUUUGCCCCUCUUUGGGUUGCAGGUAAACACGUUUUGCUUCCUCCUUCACUUUUCUUAUGCCCUUCUCAAUCUUGAAUAUUUUCUGUGUCAUCAAGUCCUUUUGGCUUAGUGUUUGAAUCUAGAUCAGAGCAAAAAUGUUGAAAAAAACAACUGUACUAGGCUGCAAAUCAUCAAAAAGCAUUAAUAAAGUGACCUAUUGCAUCAUGCUUAUUGGAGUUAGAUGGUACAUAAAUGCCUGAGAGCAUUGUUCUCUUGUGAUGUUGGACAUAUUUUACACCUGUUCAUGUAUUUUAGCUUUUGGUCAUGAUGAAGGGAACCUGCUAAGAAAUGCUUGAUAUGAAGCUGUUUUUGUGAAUUAUAUGAAGAAAGAAUUUUUUACUUUUCUUUCUAUUCCUUCAUCUCAUCUAACAGUUUUGAAAAAUCAGAACCUGUUCAGCUAGAGUGUUCCUUUGAUGAAAGUGCCCACAUUAGGCAUUAAGGAAUGUUAGGAAAGAAAAAGAAAAUCUAGGGGGCCACUUCCAGAUCCUCAUUCCUUCUCUAUGCCUACCUGCAAAAUAGAAGAACUUGGGCUUAGGGGAAGGUGGGAGAAAAUGAGAAGAAAAGGAAGCAGUAUUUCAGAAACAACAAAAAUAACAAACCCUGAUUUUUAAGGGCUACAUGAUAGGACCAACAGGAUUUUUGUUUUAUCUUUUUACUGGUGGGAUUUUAGAAUCCUAUCUUGCACAGAUGUUUUGUAUCUUCAAGUGAUACAGUAUCUGUGACUGGGGUUGUAGAAAGUAUUUCUGUCAUGGGGGAAAAAAAAGGGUCUAAGGAACACGAGAGCCCUGAAUUUUCUCUUGAAAACACAGCUUGCACUUACAUACCCUGUUCUUGAUCUUCUGAAGCAUUUCUUGGUUUCCUUCAUAUUCUAGGUGGAGUAUCUUCAUUGCCUGGUGAAUUUCCCUGAAAGAUAAAAAGAACUUAUUAGAUUGUAUCUUCCUAUCCUUAAAAAAAGCAUGGGGGUGGAAAAUACAGGUACUCAGGAUCAGAUGAGAAUCCUGAAUUCCAGUCCUAACUGCAGUUUUGCUGAGCCUUGUCUGCAAAAUGGUUUGAUGCUUAGUUUAUUAGGAUGUUGUGCAGUUUGUGAGAUGAUAUAUUUGAAGGUGCCAUUAUUGACCACUUUUAUGACAGGUGCUGAAAAUGUCAUUUCAUUAAUCAUCACCAACAAACCCAUACGGUAGACUGUCACAUGCAUUUGGUACACAAAAAAAUGGGCUCAGAGAGUUUAAGUAACUUGCCCAAGCUUACAUAGUGCAUACCUGAGCUGGGAUUUGAACCUUAGUCUUUUUUAUUCUAAAGCCUUGUCAGAGUAGGUACUUAAUAAAUGUUAGUUGAAUAAAUGAAUAAUGUAAAACCACCUGGUUUGGAGAACAGGUAUGUGAACUACAUGAGCUUGACUUAUAAUCUGGCCAGUUUUUCUAUUACCCACUUGCGUUAAAGUAGGUGAAUGGCACAGGUGAGCCUAUGUUUUUACAAUCAUAAGGCAGCCAAGAAAGACAGGGAUAUGUUCUGUUACCAAGAUGGGAGAGUUGGCAGUACAAGAAGUCAUGGCAGGAGCCAGAGGUUUGGCACUCACUCUAGAACAGCAUCAUCGUUCUCUAGGAGCAGCACGUCUAGGAAGGUGUCCCUGACCCGGUCCCCUUGAAGUUUGAGGGCGAGGAUGCUACGGCAAGCUUCCAGUCGUACCCCUGGUGACUUUUCAAAGUGGAUAGCCCAGAGCAGGUGGUCUAUCAGCUGGGGACUCACCAGGCCAAUCUGUCCCAAAGCUGCAGAGAUGAGAAGGCGUCGUGUUCCACCAUCACUUAAGACAGUUGGCUAUAUCCUAGCAUCCAGAAAUGGCCUUACUAAUUAAUAAGGUGUAGGCAACCCCUUGCUAAAUAAAUAAAGCAUUGCAAAUGUUAAACUUAAGUAUUUUGCCUGUGUCUUCCCUUUUGGAUGACAUCACCAUUAGAAUUUUAGGAAUGGGUCAGAGUAGGUCAUUACCUCCAAAGGAUUCCUAGGAGGCAGUGUUCCAUUUCAUCCUUGCCCAUUAGGAUGUGAGAAUUUCACAAAUUUAUUUAUCUAGGGGUGAGAUAUGGGACUGAUACCCUAGAAGACCAGCCUCAUCCAGGCAGAGUGAUGGGGAAGGGAGGCACAAUUACUUCAGAGGUUUACGUAGGGCUGAUUCUGCUAGGUACCUGCCAAAGACUGUCAAAGAGAGAAGCAAUGCUAACGAUCUUUCAAAGGAAAAAUUGACCCUAAACCUAGGGUUUUUGGUCUGUAACAGUCUUGAAUAUGGCCUUUUAUAGAGUCCUCUAGUUGAAACCUCCAGAGAAAGCAAGUACAUCUGACAGUGGAUACCCAUGUGGAAUAUAUCCCUAGUUCUGUUGGCAGAGACUGUCUUGUCAUUCCUUGGUCUUAAAAAGUUUGAUAUCUACCUAGACUUGAGAUCCUUAACUAAAAAUUAAAAAGAAGGAAAUAAUCUUCAAUUUCCCAGGCAAGGAACUUCCUGAGAAGGGGUGAUCACCCCCUCCCCUACUCUCCACCCCUUUCCUAGAGAUUCUGGAGCUUAUCUACUAGCUUGUAGGAAGGUGUUUGAGGUUGAGGAGCUGGGGCCACUCCUGUAAUACCUUGAAUGGCACAAGCCUUGAUUUUCCAGUAUGGCUCUCUUUGUAUCAGAUUCAGAAGGCAUUCAAGGACCUGGGAUGGAUAAAAGGUAGUGUUGAAUGGAGAGGACCAGAGCAAGAAUGAACUAGACAGGGACCCCUCUUAUCUCUAAAAUGUGCUGUCACUGAAAAAUGACCCUAUCAAUUGUAUUGCAAGUGAACUGGGGCCUGAAAUACUAGCCUGUUAGCUGAAUUACAUGUGGAGGUUGGUUUUCUUAGCUCACAGAUAUAUGGCUAUACAGGAUUCUUUUGAACACCUCCAUAAGGUUUCCCCUAAUAACUAGGGUUAAUAAGUCAUUCACUGGAAUUGAUCGUAAAGCCCAUAACUGAGGUGAGAGCAGGAUUUAGGGAUGUGCUCUAGAGUGAAGUCUGGGCUGGCUGGGAGCUGAAUGUGGUCCUGAGUGAUUGCUAUGGCUUUUAUAACCCCUCACCUUCCUUGUUCUGAUCUCUCAGUCUGUGUAUCCACAGAAUGGUGAGAGCGCUGUGCACAACGGAAGCUCAGGGGAAUCCCCUCUUUGGGUUAAUUGGAUAAGAUGGGUACCUGUUUCCUCGACUCACCAUCUUAUUACGGAUUUGCAGGGCACCUGCUGCCAAACAGGCUGCCCGCCGAACUGCCAUGAAGUCAUCAGAGAAGCAGUUCAGGAAGCUUGGGAGAAGCUUGGCGGUCAUGAGCUUGAGCCCACCAAUCAGGGAGAGGGCUUCCACACGCUCCUGGCAAUUUCCUUGACCCAACCUGACUCUGUAAGGCACAGGAGAGGAUGUGCAGCCAGAAGCUGUAGAAGCAUCUCAAACAGGUCAGCUCCUGCCCCUAGGACUCAACGAUACUGUGGGGGCAUCAUCCCUUGAAGGUGACUGUUGCUUGGAAGUAUGAGCUGAUGGCCUUGUAGAGACCUGGAAGCCAAGAUGGAACCUAUCUACCUAUAGGCAUUGUCCCCUGUGAAAAGCUAGAUACUGAUAAAGGGGCACCUAAAUCAUUUCUUACCAGUCAUAAAUACUAUUGUCUGAACAAUUUUGUCAAACACUUUAAGAAGGCUUUCAAUUGACAGCAGUUUGGGAACAAGAUAAGGGGUAGGGAAGAAUAAACAGCUUGGAACAUGCAUCCAUAGAUGAUAUAUUCUGGAAGCCCAGGCAUCUAAAAGGACAGCAAGAUGUUAGUGGAAGGUAGUGGACAGUCUCUGAGCAUUGGACAGGAAGCAUUAUAGAUGCUUUCCAUCUGUUCUUCAUUUGAGGUGCAUUUUUGUUACUAUCACUUUACAAAUAAGAUACAUAAGGCUCAGAGGGAUUAUAUAAUUUGCUGAAGGUUAGUAGGAAGAGGGUAAGCUAGGAUUUAAACCCAGAUCUACUUGACGCCAAAGCCCAUGAUUUUUUUCCAACAUAGUGUCUCAGUGGGGAAAUACCUCAAUGUGAAAGAAGGGAGAAAAUGGACAGAGAAGAGGUUCCCAAAGCCGAAUCUUGCUUAUUACUUAAUCCCACCCUUCACUACCUUAUUAGUAAAAAAGAAGGAUAGAAAAGGGAGUGG